AUGAAGCAUCUUAUUAGUAUUAUGGCCGGUGUCGGCGUAGUUGCCGCAGGGCCUUUGCAACACCGAACUACACAGACUUAUUUCUUUACGUUCGGGGACUCCUAUACCCAGAGCAACUUUGAUGUCAAUGGCACACAGCCCUCUGCUUCAAACCCAAUGGGGAAUCCAACUAUAGGGACUGGCACAUCGAGUGGUGGUCUCAACUGGGUAGAAUACCUGACCACAAUUGACAAUGCCUCAUUGGUACUCAGCUACAAUCUCGCUAUUGGAGGAGCGACAAUUGACAAUCGAAUUGUCAGUGCCCCAUACGUAGAUAUGACAACGCAGGUUGGUUCCUUUGAGACUUCAUACAGUCAGAAGCCAGCAUCUGCGCCGUGGUCUGCGAGCGAUACAGUCUUUGGGUUUUGGAUUGGAAUUAACGACAUUGGUUGGGCCUACUCAAGCAACGAUGCCAGCGUCGUGGUUCCCAAACUGAUGGCGCAGUAUAAAUCUCUUAUUGAAGAGAUAUACUCAAAUGGCGGGCGCAAGUUCUUGUUCCUCAAUGUACCUCCCACGAGUCGAAGCCCGCUCUUUCUUGACCAGGGGACGGACGUGGUAAACGCUCACGCUGCAUGGGUCACAGCUUACAACAAAGGCCUCCAAUCAAUGAUCAAGAGCUUCAAGUCAAAACACAGUGGCACCACCACCGUCCUUUACGAUACCUGGAGCUUCAUGACGAAGAUCCUCGACAGUCCUCAGGAGUAUGGAUACCCGAAUGCCACCUGCAUCAAUGAAGACGGAGUUUCUUGUAUCUGGUAUAAUAACUACCACCCGGGCCAGAAGUAUCACCAGCUGCAGGCGGCAGAUAUGAAACAGCACCUCAAGCCUCUCGGUGCGUGGUAG